AUGGCUGGAAUUCGACACAAAGUUAUAUCUGCCGCACUUGUCGUGCUCGGUACCAUUGUAUCUCUCAGCACCUCAACAAUGUCGCCCGCCGUCAAUUACAACAACGUGCUCAUCCACCAACGCGCGGACCCCCAGAUUGUCAGACAUACCGAUGGGUGGUAUUACUUCACAGCGUCAGUCCCCGAGUAUGAUCGGGUCAUUCUUCGUCGUUCUGAGACUAUACAAGGUCUCGCCGACGCUGAAGAGGUCGCUGUGUGGACAAGGGCGGACUCGAAUGCAGGUGUAGGCUAUGUUUGGGCUCCAGAGCUACAUUACAUCGACGGCAAAUGGUACAUCUAUUUUGCUUUGGGGCGCGCUGCCCCUUUCGACAUUCGCAUGUUCGUCAUCGAAGGAACAGGGGACAACGCACUAACUGCCGACUGGGUUGAGAAGGGUUUUAUUACUUCGGACUGGGACACGUUCUCCCUGGACGCAACGACCUUUGUUGUCAAGGGCACGCGAUACCUGUGCUGGGCUCAGUCAGAUCCCAACUGGCAAAACGGUGUUGGUACAGGUCUCAUGUUGGCUCCAAUGGAGAACCCAUGGUCCAUCCGCAAGCCCGCAAUCGUGAUCACCCGGCCAGAGUUACCUUGGGAACGUAUUGGCCACAACGUCAACGAAGGGGCAUACGUGCUCGAACGCAAUGGCAAACUGUUCUUGACGUACUCUGCAAGUGCCACCGAUCAAAACUACGCGAUGGGUCUUCUGACAGCCGACGCUGACGCCGACUUGAUGGACCCGACAUCAUGGCGUAAAUCGCAAGAGCCUAUUUUCACCAGCAAUGCGCAAACAAGGGAACCGCUAAACAACCCCGAUCGUCAUACCCGGAUCCAAAAGUUAUACUGGAACGCCGAUGGCACCCCAAAUUUCGGCAUACCCGUAGCGGAUGGGGAGACUCCCAGCCGCCUUCGUUCUUCGGCAAACUCAACGCAAUACAUUCGUCAUAACAAACAAGGCGUUGUUACAGUCGAGGCAGAUAUUGGCUCUCUGGGCGAAGACCUAUUCCGUAUCGUCAGUCCUGGGCUCGCCGGUAAAGGUGCAGUGAGCAUUGAGUCUGGUAGCCAGCCUGGAUCCUUCCUCCGGGUUUCCGGUUCUACCGUCGAGAUCCACACGAAUGAAAACUCGACCGAGUUUGGUACUCUGUCCAGCUUUGUCCACCGUGAGGGUCUUUCUGACCCGAAGGGAGUCUCAUUCGAAGUCGGCAAGGAUUCAGGCCUUUACAUUGCUUCUGAGAGUAAUGGUCUGAGGGUCGUCGGCAUUGGUGACAUCAAAGGGCGUCUCGAUGUCGCCACCUUCUACAAGGAAUAG